CCGCCUCGAAUAUUCAUAAUUUUUAUGUUUUAACCAAAAUCGGUAGGAUAUAUGACAUCGGUAACCUCGAGACGGAACAAUCAGGAAUAUGUUGUACCAUCCAGUUCAUCCCAGGAGGUACAACCGUCCCCCUUAGCUCUACUAGCCGCUACGUGUAGUAAGAUCGGGGCACCCCCUCCCACGCCCACGGAAGAAGGGAACAACCCAACAGGAGGGACACAAGUCAGGGUAAUUGGUCAGGGGAGCGGAGAAGGUGCCGUAGCCCCGACAUGGAUACAACUGGCAAACGGAACUAUUGUUGACGCUAGUGGUAAACAACAGACUAUUGGGAUUCCCAUUCAAGCGACUGGGGCACAACCUCAGCUCAUUACUUCGGUUAUACCGCAAUUCCAGACCGUCAACGUGGAUGGUCAAGAGGCUAUUUUUAUUCCGUCAUCUGGGGUGGGCGGAGGUCAAGCAAUCCUGGCUGGGAAUCAACAGCAGGUGUUUUCCACCCCCACAGGCCAAAUUAUUCGACAGGGGCUACCCACGGGGAAUAUGAUUCCAAAUAUGGGAUAUAAUUUGGCGGGAAAUAUGGUAAACAUUGGUGGAAAUGUCGUAAGUUUAGCGGGCGUACAAGGGCUGCAGACCCGCCCACAUGGUGUUGUACAGGCGGUCCAGAUGCCGCAACAGGUUCAACAGAUGUCGAACCUCAUACAAAUCCCCGUGUCAACCACAAACGGCCAGUCUACAUACCAGACUAUUCAGCUCCCGACCAUGCAGGGGUUUCCAAUGGCCUUUCCCCAGGGUCAGCAACAAGCUACCCCUCAAAUACAGGCACUGUCUGUGAAUACAACCACUGCGGUAGGACAGGGCCCUAAUGGUCAAAUUACAACACCAGUGAACCAGAACCAGCAGGUUACACAGGUAGCUCAACCCCAACUUAUUGAAAUUGCUGCUGCUACCACAUCAGUAACCGCAGGGAAAUCCCAGCCUGAUAAUGGCAAACCUUCAACUCCUCAGUCCCAAACUGUCACAUCACAAGUGACAACUACCCCAGUGCUUCAUUCCACGCAGCAAAAUAACACUGGGACAAUUAUGACUGCAGGUACAUUUGGUACCCCUAUUGCAACACCAACCACACCGAACAUGUUAUCACAAAUGCCAACCUUGGUACCAAUAGGUACUAACUUUUUAAAUACUGCAACCGGUCAAGUUAUACCGAUGUCGCAGAGUGUAGGAACAAAUGGACAAAAUGUUAUUGUGGCAUCAAUGCCGCAACAGAGUGCGACAAGUUCUACAACCACAACUUCUGCAACUACAACAGUGGCAUCCACACAGCAACAACAACCUUCAUUAGUGCAAGCAAUCCCUCAACAGAUCACCGUUCAGGCGUUGCCAUCACAAAACUUUACAAAUCUUCAGUUUGCAGGACAGAAUCAAGUGCUUGCUCAGAAUCCGUGGUUGUCUGCUUUAAAUGUGGCUAAUAUACGUGCUCCUAGCAUGCAGACAAUACAGGUUCCGAAUUUACAGUCUAUACAAAAUAUCCAAGGAAUACAGGCAGUGCAAAAUGUUCAGGGAUUGCAGGGUUUUCAAUUAACGCCUCAAGGACAAUUAAUAGCUACUGGGAAUGUUCAAAACAUGGGAGCUGUGACGUUGACACCGUCGGGGGCUUUAACGGUUGCUAACGCAGUAGGAAACGCACAACAACAACAGCAACAAAGUCCGCAGCAGUUCACUGCAACGAUACAGAAUGUCGCUCAGCUAACAUCUGGACCAACAGGACAAGCUGUAACUGGAACUUCGCAGAUGAUUGCUGCUGGUCAGCAAAUACAACAGGAUCCCAAUGAUCCAACAAAGUGGCAGGUAGUGCAGACCUCACAGGGAGCCGCAGUGACUCUGAGUCCAUCUCAGGUGUCCCAACAGGGUGUAUCUGUACUCGGGGAACAGAGCGUAACCUCUAAUCGUCGUCUACGUCGAGUGGCUUGUACCUGUCCCAACUGUACAGACAAUGAGGGGAGAACUGGAGAAAACAAGAAGAAGCAGCACAUAUGUCAUAUUCCAGGUUGUAAAAAAGUGUAUGGUAAAACAUCUCAUCUGCGAGCUCAUUUACGGUGGCAUACUGGAGAGAGGCCUUUUGUUUGUAACUGGAUGUUUUGUGGGAAACGAUUUACACGCUCUGAUGAACUACAGCGGCAUAAGCGAACACAUACAGGAGAGAAAAGGUUUGAGUGUAAAGAAUGCAAGAAAAAAUUUAUGAGGAGUGAUCACCUGUCAAAACAUCGAAAGACACACUUUAACAAGAAAGCUGGUCCAAAUAUAGACCACAGUGGCAGUGUGGAAGAGGAGGAGGGAGAGAUGAUGGAAGGAGGGACCAUGGUGAUGAUCGAUUGUGAUGAUGUAACAGAAGAUGGGGCAGAAGCUUCGUUUGAGGUCACAGAUGAUGAUAUUGAUGUGCAAUGAUGACUUUGUCUCUGUAGAUGUGUGUGUGACGGUCUUGUGCUUUUGAUAGAUAUAUAUAUUAAAUAGUUAGACCAUGACAUAAAUUAUUUUGUAUAUUUAUCAGAGCUGAUGAAGGUCUAAGAUACAAGGGUAGCUUGUA